AUGAGCCCAACAGCAAUGGUGUUGGUCGAUCGCAUUUACCACAACAGGCCUAUUGCCUUGGUAUGGUCGAACGCCCUCUCUGUGCUACCUCGCAACUCUCCCAAGUCCCAAAGUAUGGAUAGCAGUGGAACACUAUGCAACUCUGCUUCGUCUCCAAGUCCGAGUACGGCAGCCCAAACGAUUAUUCCUGCUUGGAGUACCGACGUUCCGGUCUGGAAUGCUCCUCAACGCCGAAUUUGGCCCAAGAUGGUGCUUCCGUGCCGGAAUCCAAGUGCAGCUUUGCGCCGGCUUCCACGGCGAACGCUGCAAGCUUUGCCUGCGUCAAACCAUCAACAAUGGGUCCAUGAAAUGCAGCCGCUCGCCCGUCCGACUUACCUUGGUGGGCCCAAGAAGCGCGCAAGUUUACCUGAGGCUCCGGCCGGUAUCCAAGGCGGGGAGGAGGAAGGGCAGUCCAAAAAAAACCCACUCACAAAUCCAGUGCGGCUGUGCUAUCGGACGUCCGACCACGCCUGCAUGGCGUGCCUUGCUUCGUCCCUCUAG